AUGGAGCGAGAGGAGGAGAAGAAGAAAGAAGGAUCAUCGUAUAGGUAUUGGGUAAGAGAAGCGACUUCAGAAGCAGCUCCUCCUCCUCAGCCCCAGAAGCUCAACAACAAUGACGUUGCUCUUAAUGCUUCUGCGUCUCUCGGGUCUCUUUGGAACCGGGCUGGUACUUGGGAGGAAAAAAGUCUCACCAAAUGGGCCAAUGACCGAUUAAAGGAGCUGCUGGGUUCAGUUGGUUCAUUGCAAUUCUCUUCUGGAAAAGCUGAGAUUAUAGAUGUUAACAGAUGUGUUGGAGAUGCUUUCUUAGUCACGGUUCGGAACAAGAAAAGAGUUGGCUAUACUUACGAGCUUUCCCUCAAAGUCGAGGGAGAGUGGUCAUUUGAAGAGAACACCAAGAAGGUGAAGGGGAGCCUCGACAUUCCCGAGUUCUCGUUCGGUGAGCUUGAUGAUCUCGAGGUUGAUGUGAAGCUCAGUGAAGACAAGGAGCUUUCCCAGCAACUGAAGCAGCAGAUUAGGUUGGAUAUGAAGCAGUUCAUGGAGCCUAUACGCCUGAAACUCGGCCAGUUCGAGCAGGAACUCAAAGAUCGAUAG